AUGAACCGAACUUCGAUGAGUCUCUGGAGGGGCUCCAGAUACCUUGCGAUCAAGGGUGUACCCAUAUCGCAACGACGACUGGCAUCCUCAGAUACUCCAUCACCUACUGCAAGUCUUCCUCUUGUCUUUCCUACAUGCCCAGCCCAUUCGAAUAUCCUUCGCCGCGCCUUCUACAAAACUUUCACCCGUCCUGUUGUAAAAACACUCUUGACGGCUGUUUUCAUAUACCAAUUGACAUAUUGGGCUUGGGUCAGACUGGAAAAGGACGAAUUGAAGGCGAACAAGCGGUUAGAAAUCAAAGAACUUGAGGCGGAAUUGGAAGAGGUCAGUGAAGGAGCUAUUAAGGGCGAAGAUGUGAAGGUUAAAGGUGUCUGA